AAAGGCUACAAGUCAUAGAAUUUCUGUACGGCUGCGUCCUCUAGAUUACAGUAUCCCAACAGGCAGGUACCUUAUCACUACGCCUCCUUAGAUUAUCGUCUUGGUAGAAUAGCCUGCUGCGCAAUCAAGUGUGUAGUGACUUCCGCCUGAGCCGUCUCGCUGCGCGCUCGAAUCUCAGCGAACUCGAUCAAUUGUGUAUCGGAACCCGAUCGUAACAUUUCCCAUGUCUACCCUAGCUGCACGUGGUGCCGCGGCGAGUCGCUUAGCGAGAGUUCAAGGCGUCACUGUCCCGCUAGCGAGUCAUUGUAAGGCAAAUGCCCCGCUAUACGCGUCUUCGCUAACGAGUCAUGUCACAACAAGCACAAGUCAACGACAUGGCUCCAAUCGGAUAUCUCGGCUGAGGCUUACUUUGAAUCAAGCAUCCACUACUCAACUCAGACCACUGAAGCAGCUACAGCUGAGCUUACGCCAUCGGCAUCUUGUUGUCCAAGCGUCUUCUGAUACCGAAGCUACCCCCGAACCUAAUGUCACACCUGAUCCCCCCGAGUCCUCCUCUGCUGCCGCCGCUCCAGAGCCUGCCUCGACGGCAUCUUCCGAACCUCCUAUGCCGGGGGAGAAGGUGUACCGAGGCUUGGCGCUAGCCUCGGUGUCUGCUGCCGUGGGCCUGUUCGUGCUGACGAGAGUGGCCGGCGCAGGCACAGACCUCUCUGCAUUGGCAGCGCGGUCGGCCAGCUUCGAUGAGGCUCUGGGCAACGGACGUCCAACCGUGGUGGAAUUCUACGCCGAUUGGUGCCAGGUCUGCCGGGAGACUGCCAGAGACACACUCAAGGUCGAGCAGCAGUACAGGAAUGACGUGAAUUUUGUUUUUCUCAACAUAGACAAUGUGAAAUGGGCGGCGGAGCUAGACGAGUUCGGGGUGGAUGGCAUUCCGCACUACACCUUCCUCGAUGGGGAGGGCAACGAGAUGGCUUAUGUGGUGGGAAAGGUGCCCAGGAGAAUCCUUCUAGAGAAUGUAUCUGCUCUUGCUGCUGGCAAGCCAGAGCUCCCGUUCUCGCAAUUUAUUUCGGAAGCGUCGGAUGCUGCGUUGAGGCAGGCUCCGAGGGUUGUAGAUCCCAGAGACCAUGGGCCGUAACUGUGCGAUUGCAUGGGGUCCUGUCAUGAGGUAACAGAUGCAUUUACUAAUGGUAUCAGCAAAGAGCCUGAGCAUGAACAGAUUGGUAUCC